GCUUCCGAAGAUGAAUAGUAUGGUUUUAGUAUACAUGCUUUGGGCAAUUUUUGGCUUGUUUCUGAAGAAUCACGCUUAUAAAAGAGAAAUGUUCUACCGUAGGAACGAACAUCACCAAAACAUGCUGCCUGAAAACGCAGACGUAAAUCUGAUUGGAUUUUCGAACGCGAGCCUUGCUGAAUGUUCCAAGCACUGUCUUCUCGGUGGUGCAAAUUGUCUAGGAGUUUUCCAUAACAAAGAAACUCAAUCCUGUAAACUUUUGUAUGAUAACUUGGUAGAAGGAUUAGUCUUUCAGACGCGGACUGACUGGAAUUUUUUUUCAGUUAAUCCUUGUCAAAUUGGAUGGACUUACUAUAAGGAGAAUUGCUAUUACUUGAAUCAAACUGGGACAACUUGGGAAAGUGCAAGGUCUCAAUGCCUUACCUCUUCGUCCCAUCUUGCUGAAAUUGAAUCUAUUGAAGAGAAUUCCUGGAUUCUCGGAACUCUUGCACCAGCUCAGUGUUUUGAUAGUUGGGUCGAGUGUGUGUUUUGGAUUGGUGGCAAUGAUCUGGAUAACGAAGGGUCCUUUGUGUGGAGUAGCGACAAUACAGCCCUGGAUUUCGACAACUGGUCUCCAGUGGAGCCCAAUAGUUACACUGACUACGAUGAUUGUAUUGUGGUCAUAUACCCAGGGGGAGCAUGGGCCGAUUUUGGCUGUACUGCCAAAGUUCCAUUUCUCUGCAAAAAAGCUCAAUCCAGUUUAUAACUACAGUUAUACGCGUACACAAUAGAACAUUUGUUUGUGUUUCAUUUUUAACAUUGAAUUUGAAGUAAACUACAUGUAAGUAAACAACAUCUAAUUUUAUUUUUUACAGAUCAUAAAUUCUUGAUCAAUACCAUAUUUUAGAAGUGAUCAGAACGAACUGGGUUUUUAAUUCCAGUUACUUGUCUGCAUGAUGGUACAUUACAUAGUGACUAUAAAUGUACAUAUAUUGGCAUAAAAACAACCUCUUAAGUACUGCGCUUUAUUAACACUGUACUAAUUAUCGUAGUAUUAUAAAAUGUCACAUUAUACACGAAUUUUGCAUACAUCAGAAAACAUAUUGCCUACCAAUAAAAGUGAGUUCAUCGUUGUUUUUCAAUAAAGAUGACAAAUCGAAUAAUUUUUUUUAUUAUUGCUAAUAUACCUUAAUAAUGAUUGUUUGAAGAUUAUUAAAGGUAAGCUCGUUGUUUCUUUCUUUCUAUUUUCUCAAAAAAUCCAUCUGAAGGAGUCAAAUGCAUACAACUUUAGAAAUCAAAUUCUGAUAUUCACUUUUCUUGUCAAUAUACUCGUCUAGUACAAUGUAGUUUCGUACAUGUAGUAAAAUGUGAUCCUCUACCUUUGCAUUUCAACAUAACCCAGUGACAUCCUACCUCUCUGCAAAGUUUAGCUUUUUAUCAUGAUUCGAUAAGGUUGUAUAUUAAAAAGUUAAAAAUUCUCAAUUAUUUUGCUACUUUUCUGCGACAUUUAGAAAAACAGGUGAAUUUUCAGUUUCUUGUAAUGAAAAGAUAUUUGAAGUAC